CUAUGAGCAAACUGCAAAGACAUCUCAACUCUCUUUUGCUGCACCGUCUCUGUCUCUCUCAUCGCAUCCAUAGAUAAGCAUAAAGCAAAAGAAGAAAACUCUCCUCUGUUUAGUGUCCUUUGAUCGGUAUUUCAUUUCAGUUUGUCUUUGUAGACAUGUCUCUGCUCUCCGAUCUUGUCAACCUCAACCUCUCGGAAACCACUGAGAAGGUCAUUGCUGAGUAUAUAUGGAUUGGUGGAUCUGGAAUGGACCUUAGAAGCAAAGCCAGGACUCUUCCUGGCCCUGUAAGUGAUCCUCAAAAGCUGCCGAAAUGGAACUACGAUGGGUCAAGCACUGGCCAAGCUCCUGGGGAAGACAGUGAAGUUAUCUUAUACCCACAAGCAAUAUUUAAGGAUCCAUUCAGGAGGGGCAACAACAUUCUGGUGAUGUGUGAUGUCUACACUCCUGCUGGUGAACCCAUUCCGACAAAUAAGAGAUAUAAUGCAGCAAAAAUAUUUAGCCACCCUAAAGUUGUUGCAGAAGAACCCUGGUAUGGAAUAGAGCAGGAGUAUACUUUGCUGCAAAAAGAAGUCAAAUGGCCAAUUGGGUGGCCUACUGGUGGUUAUCCUGGACCCCAGGGGCCCUACUACUGUGGUGUUGGCGCUGACAAGGCCUUUGGCCGUGACAUUGUCGACUCCCAUUACAAAGCCUGUCUUUAUGCUGGCAUCAACAUUAGUGGCAUCAAUGGAGAGGUGAUGCCUGGCCAGUGGGAAUUUCAAGUUGGCCCUGCUGUUGGCAUCUCUGCAGGUGAUGAGCUUUGGGUGGCUCGUUACCUUCUGGAGAGGAUUACUGAGAUUGCUGGAGUGGUUCUCUCCUUUGACCCUAAACCCAUCCAGGGUGACUGGAAUGGGGCUGGCGCACACACAAACUAUAGCACCAAGUCCAUGAGAAAUGAUGGUGGGUAUGAAAUCAUCAAGAAAGCCAUAGAAAAUCUCAAACUGAGGCACAAGGAGCACAUUGCUGCAUAUGGGGAAGGCAAUGAGCGUCGUUUGACCGGUAGACAUGAAACAGCUGACAUUAACACCUUCUCAUGGGGAGUAGCAAACCGUGGAGCCUCCGUUAGAGUUGGCAGAGACACAGAGAAGUGUGGCAAAGGUUACUUUGAGGACAGGAGGCCCGCUUCAAACAUGGAUCCAUAUGUUGUCACUUCCAUGAUUGCUGAGACAACCAUCCUCUGGAAACCUUGAAAGAGACUAGAGAGAGACUUGUGGAUUUACCUCAUUGGUAUAUUUAUGUUAAACAUUGAUAAAUGCUGCUAGUAUUCCUUACUGGCUGGCUUCUCUCAUUCUCUUAAUUCCUAGUGAUAUCUGGGCAAUGCGUUUGCACUUUGCUAUCUUAGGACUAAUCGCUCCUCCUUUAUAUUUUCUGGAUUUGGAUGGUAAUAAUACAAGGACAUAAAAAUUGGCUUACUCCCUUC